CGAGGCAAUACAGUGCCGCACGUUGUACGUUGGGUUGGAUACCUACGGUUCGGCUACACCAUCUAUCUUCCGCUUUAGACGGCCGAAAGGCUUAGAGGACUAUCUCGUCAAAAGCUUGCACAUUUCGUCAACAGCCAUCGUCGUUAACUUCUCACUCGACAGUCAACCGCUCGGCGCAUUAAUUAUACUCAGUAGGCUUGCCGGUGACAACACGGCGCCGGAAGCGAACUUACCAUGAGCAGCGACGUAGCGCUUGAUUUAGGCGGUUGUACAGUUACGCAGUAUGAGCAAGUGCUCGCUGCCCUGCACGGCGAUGCCGGCGCCGCAUUGUCGCUUUGCCAGGUCUUCAGCACGCGCGACCGGACGGAGGAAGUUGCCUUUGGCCUCAACACAGUCUUCACAAUCCUGAGCGGCGCUCUCGUCUUCAUCAUGCACGGCGGUUUCGCCAUGCUGGAGGCCGGUGCGAUUCGCAGCAAAAACGCGAUGAACAUCCUACUCCAGACGGUUAUGGACGGGGCCGCCAGCGCCGUCAUGUGGUACCUGGUGGGCUUCGGGUUCGCGUACGGCAUCGGAGACAACCCCAACGGAUUUAUCGGCGACGCCGUGUUCGGUCUGUCCCGCUACGCCUCCCACAACUCGGGCACGGGGGAAGGCAACUGGACAAACUGGUUCUUCCAGUGGGCCUUCUGCGCCACCGCAGCCACCAUUCCCGCGGGGGCGGUGGCGGAGCGCUUCAACUUCAAUGCCUACCUGGGCUACUCCCUGUUCCUGGGCGGCCUUGUCUACCCCGUUGUCGUACACUGGGUGUGGUGCCCCACCGGCUGGCUGGGCUACGGCGCCUCCUCGCCGCUGCUGGGGACGGGCAUGAUGGACUUCGCGGGGAGCGGCGUGGUGCACAUGGUGGGGGGGCUGGCAGGCCUGACGGGCGCCUGGCUGGUGGGUCCCCGCCUGGGUCGCUUCGACAUGGACGGCCACCCCGUGCCCAUGCCCGGCCACUCGGCCAUCCUGGUGGUGCUGGGGACUGUGCUGCUGUGGUUCGGAUGGUACGGCUUCAACCCCGGUAGCGCCCUGCUGGCGGACGACCGCGCAGCCGCCACCAUCGCGGGCCGCGCCGCCGUCACCACCACCCUCAGCGGCGCAGCGGGCGGUCUGACGUGCCUGCUGCUGGGGUUUGUGAGGAACGUGGCCUGGGACCUCAUCUCCUUGUGCAACGGCAUGUUGGUCGGCUUCGUGGCCAUCACCGCCGGCUGCCACGUGCUGGAGCCCUGGGCGGCGCUGCUGGCGGGGGCGACGGGCGCAGCGCUGUUCGAGGGCUGCUGCGCGGGGCUGCUGCGGCUGCGGGUGGACGAUGUGGUGUCGGCGGGGCCCAUGCAUGGCGCGUGCGGGGCUUGGGGGGUGCUGCUGGUGGGGUUGCUGGCGAAGGAGGAGUAUGUACGACAGGCAUACACACGUGAUACCUACCCGUACGGUCUGUUCUACGGCGGGGGAGGCAAGCUGCUGGCUUGUCAGGUCAUCGGCGUGCUUGCCAUCGCCGGCUGGGUGUGCGGAACCAUGGGUCCGUUCUUCCUGCUGUUCCGCUGGGCGGGGGCACUGCGCAUCAGCGCGGAGGAGGAGCACACGGGGCUGGACGUGUCGAAACACGGGGGAUCUGCCUACCACAUGAACGCGGGCGGAGGUGCUGGUGGCGGCAUGGGAGGCGGCAUGGGAGGCGGCAUGGGUGGGGGUGGCAUGGGUGCGGGUGGCAUGGCACGUGGCGGGUUGUUUGGAACGAACGGCGUGUUUGGCGCCGGGGGAACCAUCCCCACCGUCUACACCGGGGGUCAGCUGACCUUGCAGCAGUUCUCCAUGGACGGUACGGAGGGCGGAGGCGCGGGGGUUAACGGCAACAGCAAUGGCGGCGCCCCCCAAUACUACCUGCAACCGUCACCUUCGCUGUCUCAGCUGCAACAGCAGGACCAGCAGGAACAGCAAGCAGCAGCACCAAUGCAGCAACAGCAACAGCAGCAGCCAGUAAGGCCCAACGUGACGAGGCACAAGACGCCCGUGGGCGACUCCAUCAUGCGGGCCAACACCAUGGGUUUCUCCGCACACAACUCCUCAACCACCACCACAACGGCAACCGUUACAACUGCUGCAACCACCUCAACCGUUGUCGUACAGCUUGUCAACAAACAGCACGACGACGCACAACAGGAGCAGCAGCAGCAGCAGGAUUCUUCGUCCUCGAGCCCCCAAAGUGGGGAGACUCCCAAUGUUGCCGGUACCGCAGGCAAGUAAGCAGUAACAACUCAGCGGUGGCCAAAGCAGCGGCGGCAGCGGCGACGGGGGCUCAGGCGGUGUUGUGGCGAAGUUGAUAGUCGUACUGCAGUUAUAGGAUUUUGCUCUCGUUGACACACAUCGUGAUUGCGAGGACUGUUUUGCUCUUGUCGGACCGCCCCGUAUCGGUAUAUCUACGAAUUGGAGGCUCGAAGCCUGUGAUUUGCGACUAGCUGUGAAUGUGUUUGUCAUUUGCUUUGUUGUGGGGGUGUACUGUUUGUUGCUAUCGUGCCGCUGGCGAGGGGCGGUGCGCGGCUUGCGGCUACUGGGCAUGUCCCUGUUUGGCGCGGUUAGGGGUGUGGGUUGGUGGGUUUCCAGGGGCUGUGUGCGCGGAAAAACAAUGUGCGGAGGGGCCAAAUGGCGUUGCAUGUGUCGGUUUGGUUGGUGUUGAGAAAACGGGUUGCGAGCCGGACGUACUGUGAUCGUCGGAAGAUGAAGUCCUCCCACAGAAACGCCACACGUGAAGUAGAGUCCUUUCGUGUGGGUUUGUGUGCUUUGUACCGUAUGUGUGGUUGUCCGGGGUUGCUGCUAAUGGGUACUAGUGGGUGCAUGGACUCCCUCAGACCCCGCCAGGAGGAGGGGCGGGGGCGGGGGCGUGUUGAAGGGUGCGUGGUUUCUCGUUUGGAGUUGGGGGGCCGUCUUGUGACUGGAGACAAGGGGGCACGGGGAUAGCAGGUGCGUUGGUGGGAAUUGAAAAAGGAGGCGUGCGGGCGUGAAGUCUGUGGAGCAGCGAAUUGUGUGGUAUUUAAAGAGGAGGUACUCGUAUGAAUGGAAUGCCGAGCGGUUGGACCAUUGGGAGGAGAGGUGACCCUAUCCUUGUGAGCCUCCGCUCCCAUCCGCGUCGGCAUUAUUUUUGGGGAACGCUCGUGGCACGCACUCGUAAUGCGGCCUUUGUUUUGCUAAGGCUGAUACUAUAAUGUAUAUGUUUUUCGGCGCGACUGUGUCCUGGCCCGUUCGAAGUGAGUAAACGUCAGGGUACGCGUACAUAUGUGUAAUAUGUUGGAUUUGGGUUUUUCCUGUAACCGGCUUACCACAAUCACGUGCGUUCUCUGCGAUAUGUGACCUGCAAAAGGGUUGCCAGGGUUCGUGAUUAGUGAUUGGGCGUAGAGGGUCUCGGAGCCGGAGUCAGGCUUAGUCGUCUUUCUAUGUAAGUACCACUUACGGAUAGAGGGGUGUUAGUUUGUGGUCACCUCACUGUGCAAAAGCGAAGCUAAUUGUGAAGAGUGGUUGGACGACAGUGCCGUGAAUACCCUGAAGGCUGCCGCUGCCUUUAAGCGCUGUAAUACAAAGUGUUAGGUUUCAAACUUGACAACAAGGCCUACAGUUCUAAUCAAUCACAUCCGCUUAUCGUUGCGGAGCUCAAAUCGUUGUGCACGGCGGCGCCGGCCUAGCCUGCUUUGCCAUAUUAAAACUACGUAGACUAAUGCGUAUGCUUUUGUUAGAUUUAGCCAACACACGCUCACAUCUUCAGUGACCGCCGUCGUCGCGGCGACGCACAUUUGCAAUACAAUAUGCCGGCUGCAACUCCACAGCUGCAGCUUAAGGCGACAUAUCGACCUAGCUCUAAGCUUCAAGUCUUCUAUACUGGAGGCGCAGCGCGCAUUACGAGGGAUGGCAAGCUGCUGGCUUGCACAUGCUCGGAUGAGGUCAAGAUAGUGGAAUUGUCAACGGGCGCCGUCGUGCGUUCCAUUAAGCCCGAUGGCGAGGCCGUCACGGCGCUGGCAGUCAGCCCCGACUGCCGUACACUGGUGGUUGCCACGCGGUCCCUGUACGUACGAGUGUACGACAUGACGACCGGCGCGCAGCUCCGCAACUGGCGGGGCCACAAGGGCCCUGUGGCGGACCUUGCGAUCGACGCCUCGGGUGGCUAUGUAGCCACUGCCUCGGCUGACCGAUCUGUCAAGGUGUGGGACCUGGCGGGCGGAUUUUGCACGCACCACUUCCCCGGCGGCCACGGCGGGGUGGUGCUGCGGGUCGCCUUCCACCCCAAGAACCUGCAGCUCUUCAGCGCGGGGGACGACGGAUCGCUGCGGGUUUGGGACCUGGUGGAUAAAACGUGCGUGUACGACCUAAAGGGUCACUUCAGCGCCGUCACCUCCCUGGCGCUCUCCCCGGACGGCUGGCUGCUGCUGAGCGGCGGGCGAGACAAGGUGGUGGUGGUUUGGGACCUGCGCAGCGGCACCAAGGUGUCCACCGUGCCUGUGUUUGAGGCGGUGGAGGGGCUGGUAGCGCUCCCGCUGGGGGCGCAGCUGCCGGGGCUGCCGGGCAGGGGGGCGGGCGGGCAGGAGCUGGUCAAGGGCGCCAAGAAACAGGUGUAUUUUGCCACCGCGGGCGAGCGGGGAGCAAUCAAGCUGUGGCGCAGCGACACGGGGUCCUGUGUGGCUGAGGUGGCUCCCGAGGUGGCGGUGGCGGGCAGUGCGGCAUGUGAGCUGACGGACCUCAUGCUGCUGCCGCCGACUGCUGCUGCUGCUGCUGGGGCUGCGGCAGGCGGAGGAGGAGCAGCAGCAGGCGGCAGUGUGGGGCUGCUUGCUGCGACUGCGGACGCGAGGCUGCUGUUCUACAGCCCGGGGCAGGACGCGGAGGGCGGGCGGGCGCUGCAGCUGUCCAGGCAGCUGGUGGGGAACCAGGACCAGGUCACGGACCUGCGCUUCGUGGGCCCCCCCGGGGAGCCCUCCGCUCUGGCAGUGGCAACCAACAGUGAAACCGUACGGCUGUACGGCCUGGCAAACAUGAGCUGUACGGCAGCCCUGGUGGGGCACCGGGACAUCGUGCUGUGUAUGGACGGCGGCGUGGCGGGGGCGGCGGGGGCAGGUCUUCCCCCGCUGCUGGCCACGGGCGGCAAGGACCACGAGGUUCGGCUGUGGGAGGCUGCGAGCGGGCGGUGCCUGGGGGUGGGAGUGGGGCAUGUGGGAGCGGUGAAUGCGGUGGCGCUGGCGAGGAAGACCCCCACCCGCUUCCUCAUCUCCGUCGGCGCCGACAAGCUCAUAAAGGUGUGGGACACCGCCCCCGCACUCGCCCAGCUCACCCAAGACACCAGCAGCAGCAGCACCCCCGCCGGCCCCGACCGACCCGUGGUUCAGCUGCGCACCCUGGCGGCUGUUGCGGGUCACGACAAGGACAUCAACGCGGUGGCGGUGGCGCCCACUGACGCGCUGGCGGCCACUGGCAGCCAGGAUAAGACGGUGCGGGUGUGGAAGCUGCCGGACCUGGUGCAGGUCGCCGUAUUGCGGGGUCACAAGCGCGGCGUCUGGGCUGUGGAGUUCGCCCCCCUGGAGCGGGCGCUGCUGUCCGCCUCGGGCGAUAAGACCAUCAAGCUCUGGUCGCUCACCGACUACAGCUGCCUGCGCACGCUGGAGGGGCACACCGCAUCGGUGCUGCGGGCGACCUUCCUGACGGCGGGCACGCAGGUGCUGAGUGGUGGAGCGGACGGGCUGGUGAAGCUGUGGAAUGUGGCGAGCGGGGAGUGCGUGAACACCUUUGAUGAGCACGAGGAUAAGGUGUGGGCUCUUGCCUGCGGCGGCUCCCAGGAGGGCCUGGUGGCGAGUGGCGGCGGCGACGCGCUGGUGUGCGUGUGGGCGGACAGUACGGAGGCGGAUGCGGCGGCGGCGGCGGAGCAGGAGCAACAGCUGGCGGAGCAGGAGCAGGCGCUGCAGAACGCACUAGCGGAUGCCAACUUUGCCGAAGCCGCUCGCCUCGCCUUCAGCCUGAAGCACCCCGGCCGCCUUCUGAACAUCAUCACUCGGGCCGCAACCGCAACCGCCAACGCCGCCACAACCGCCGCAGCAACCGCCAACGGUAACAACGCCACCGCCGCCUCUGCUUCUGCCGCCGCCGGGCCCCUGGGUCGCUUGUUGUACGGCUUGGUCUCCCAGAUGUCGCACGAAGACAUUCGUACGGCACUCGAAUACUGUCGUGAAUGGAACACGCAUGCCCGGCACUGUCACGCGGCUCAAGCGCUGCUGGGGGCUGUGUUGAGGGUGCACCCGCCGGAGAAGCUGCUAGGCGUGCCGGGCUGCUCUGAGCUUCUGGCGGCGCUCUCGGCCUACAGCGGCCGCCACUUCUCACGACUCGACCGACUGGUUCGCUCCACCUACCUGCUCGACUUCACUUUGGAGUCCAUGGGUGUGUUGGGUUUGGGCGGCAGCGGCGGGAGCGGCGGGGACUACCCGGGGGGAAGCGGCGGCGGGUUGGAUGGCUUCCUGGCCGACAUGGGGGCGAUUGGGGACGCG